ACGCAGAAGUUGCGAGAAAGACCUUGUAUCUUUUUUCAUUCUCGAAGGAAGAAAAAAGCGCGAAGUUGGGCGAUGGAGCGCGUGGGGACAAAAGACACGAGGAAGGGAACGGAGACGAAGGGUGAGCGUCUCUUUUCCACCGAGGGAAGGGAUAGCGGGUUCGCGGAGCGUCGGCCAGAGGGCGGUGAAUCUCCAACAACAUGGCCGUCUAACCAGCCGACACACCGUUGCAACUCUCCACCAAGUUGACCAGUCGUAUUUCGUGGAAACGAGGGAAUUCGCACGGGGAAGCCGACGACACCUCGAUCUCAGAGAAGAGUAGAGAAAGAGGAAGCAGUCAAACUGGCGCCGUUCAAGUUCCCCUUCUCAAAAAUGUCAAAGUCGCGCAGCAGCGACAAGGAGGAGCGCGAAAAGGACAAGGAAAAGGAGUUGGAGGGUAAAAUGGAGAGGGAGAAGCAACACGGGAAGGAGACAGGGAGAGAGAGCGAGACAGAGGAGGAGGAGGAGGAGGAGGAGGAGGAGGAGAUUCCCGAGGACGAGGAGGAGAACGCGAGGGGGCAAAACGUUCAACUGCCAAUGAGUCAACUGCAGUUGAGCGGGGAAACUCAAUCCAAUAUAAACUCACCGAUAUUAGCUUCCAACAGCGUGAUGGUGAGGAACGAACAAGCGAUACCGAGCUCACCUCCUCCUUCUUACGAGCACGUUAUCGAACAGACACGGUUGGAGCAUGCAGCCGAGGUGCAGAGGUACGAGGGUGGAAACAACCCCGGGAAUGACGCGUCUGGCGAAGAUAAUAGAACAAAAGCUCCCAAGAUCCUUCACAAGUCGAGCAAAGAGUUGUACAGAGCGGUGGCGAAACAGUGGGGCAUCACUUGCAAGAUGAGCGACCACUGCAGAUGCUUGGACUGUCAGAGCUGCUAUUUCGACUGCGAAUACGACAAGAACGAGAAUCAGAAGACUGAUGGCGGGCUCGGCGCCGGCACGCCGAUGUUCAUUUCCGAGGUGAUGCACGGUUCCGGUUGCGUGCUGUUCUAAAACACCGGAAACGGGCCUCCACGGCGACGACACGGUCUUUGCCGUGCUUCCGCCGAGGGCACGUGAUUGCGCACAAACCAGGCUGACUGUUUCCUGAUGGAUCGGCAAACCAUGAAUCAGCGGGAACCUCGUUGUUCGUUCUAUGAUCACCUCGAUGAUGAAACGGACAGCCAGCUGGGAUCUUUGAAACUUUUUUCGUAAUCGUAGGUGGUUCUUCGCGAAUUUUUCAUUUGGAUGGAUUACUUUAUUAAUGGUAGAGAUAUCCAAUAUUUGAAAUUUUGAAGGUUUCGGAAGGAAUUGAUGGGAAUUGAAAAUUUGAAUUUGAAAUUUCUUAUCUUUGUCUU